GAAGCACUGCUGGACCAAGUGGAAUGAACGUCACCGAACAACAAGGAGCGUCCGAGCAAGGCGGCGCAGCAGUCCUGUGUGUGUGGCGGAGGUACUCCAAAAGGAGCUACAAGAACUUGUUCAAAAAGCACGGGCUUGGUGCCGCUGCACUACACGAGCGACACUAGUGUUUCGGUCAGCAGCGAGGAAGGAUCGGCAGUGUUGUUACAACGCCAUUUAGUGAUGAAGCUAUUCUUUGCGGUGUUGCCAGCUUUGGCGGUGUGGUGGUCCAGUGUGGUGGCCCUGCCUGCUGGAGAUGAACACCGGGUGCGGGCGGGAGACACUGUGGUGUACGUGGGCGCUGUUGUGGAGUAUGAAUCUUACCAUGAGGAGACAGAAGAAGGGAAGGAAGGUAUCACGCAGACGAACGCCAUGAUCCUUGCUGAGUAUGCAGCUCUAGCUAAGGCACAGGGAGCGGAUAUCCUAGUGACUCCUGAGUACGCCAUACAAAGUUUGUUUAUGGAUGAGGACAACAUCUUUCCCGUGACGCAGUACGUGCCUGACCCGGAGCUCCAUGCCGUGCCCUGUACCCUGAGUGAAGAGGGGUUAAAUAGUCAAGCCUUAAGAAUCCUGAGCUGUGCCGCCCAAGCAAACGAGAUGUACAUAGUGGUGGACUUAGGAGAAGCCAGUCCUUGCAGUCCAGAAGCCGCAGCAGACAAUCCCUUCGCCAAUCCCCUGGACACGGCCUACGAGUGUCCCCCUGACGGCCGUAUUUAUUACAACACACAAGUAGUCUUUGACAGGAAUGGGACAGUGAUCGCCAGGUACAGGAAGAAAAAUUUGUACCUGGAGCCCUUUUUCAAACCAGGAAUAGAAAGUGACCAGACCGCGCUAUUUGAGACAGACUUUGGCGUGAUAUUUUCCCUUCAGAUCUGUUUUGACAUCGCGUACAUGCAUCCCGGGCUGGCGAACGUGGGGGAGCGCGGCGUGAAGGACGUGGCCAUGAGCACAGCAUGGAUAGAUAUCCUGCCCUUCUUUCUGGCACCAUCGGUACAAAAUGGCUGGUCUAGAUCUUUGGGCAUCAACCUCUUAGUAGCCGGUCAUCACCUGCCAGAGCGAGCCAAGCUUGGCUCAGGAAUCUACCGAGGAUUCUCUGACUUGGAUCACACGUAUGUCUUUAAUCCUGAUUCAGGCAACCAGUUGAUUGUGUCCGAGGUAGAGACAAUCGCUGCCACCGAUGGAGUGCGAAAGCCAAGAGGCCUGCUGAAGACAGAGACGAGACCUGUCCUGGCAACACACGACGCUACUCACACAGACAAGCAGCCUCGCAGGAAACAUUUUCUUUAUUAUGACGACAUCAGUAGCUACACAAACACAAACCUCGCACCCAGCAAGUCUGGCGAACCUCAGACGGUGGAUUUGUGCCACAACGACGAAAUUUGUUGUUCCCUCACCUACACGUCCACUUCUAGCCUGAAUUACAGCCUGCUGGCUUACAGCGGUCCAAUGUUACAGGGUCACGAUACUUAUGCCAUGUACAUCCAAGUGUGUGCUGUGGUGUGGUGCAAAACAACUGACGUCACCACUUGUAGUCACAUUGAUGAUGGUCUUCCACCACAUGACACAUUUUGGGUCAACAAAAUUUUCGGAAAUUUCGUUGCAGAACGCGUUUUUCCAAUCGCCUUAACUCGUAACCUCACUCUGGUUGAUAACAGUUUGUAUUCAGCCACACACGAUGGAAACAUUUUCACAUUUACCAUGGAGCAAGAAAUCCACAAUUUCAUGUCAGGAGGCCUUUUUGCACGCUGGUAUGACCGUGAUCCUCCUAGUGAUGACUUCUUUGCCUCUGUGUAUGAAAUGAUAACUUCUCUAGUUAUUCGAUUGUGGAAUCUUUUCAAGAGUGCAUAAUAAACUGAAUAUAACAUGAA